CUUCAACAGGUGCACCAUUUCCCCGGGGAACAAUGGAACAGCUGGAGAUGCUUGCUUCAUUCAACCCAGGAAGUGAUGAGAGCUUUCACGGCCCCAUUCGGGCGGGGCCUGUGGCUUUACUCACCUACUCACACCUCUCAGCUCAGCUCCUGACAGAUCGGACCUGCCCUUGUGCCCAUAACCAGAGAGAGCUGUCAGUUCGUAAGGGCUUGUAUGAUUAG